UUAAUGAAAUCUCACUCAAAAAUCAUAAACUCAUAAAAACCCAUGUUUAUAACAAGACUAUAAAUCUGUUACAUCUCACUCACAAAUCACAAGCACCCAUCUUUGAUCAUUAUCGUAAGAGAUGAUUCCAUCUGAAGUUCUACAGCAUACCCAUCUCGAUCGCUUCAUCUACCGAUGAAAAUCUCGCAUCUGCGCUUCAAUUAAGGACACAAUGAAUUUUGACCUUAAUUUGGGAUUUUUUGAUCACCCUUCCUCUAAUGAUCAGCCACAAAAUAUUAGCAUUGAUGAGUUGCUAAGUGGCUCUAUAAGGGAAGUGGAUUCCAAUCACCCUACGGUUAACCACCGGCUGCCGGCAGUUCAUAGGCAUAUUCCCGUUCCUACGGUAGCCGUAAAUCCACCUCCAGGGGUGGCAGCCAGUGGUGCUGCCGCUGAUAAUGACGAAAAGGUUCAAGAAGCGAUUAAAACAGGCGAAAACGGUGAUGAAGGUAGCUUUUUCGAUUGUAAUAUAUGUUUGGAUUUAGCGAGUGAGCCGGUUGUGACAUGUUGCGGUCACUUAUUUUGCUGGCCGUGUAUUUACCGGUGGUUGUUUCUUCACUCGAACGCAAAACAAUGUCCGAUUUGCAAAGGUGAAGUAACUAUGAAAACCAUAACUCCGAUUUAUAGUCGGUCAAACGUCCCGCAUGUAACAAAAGCGAUAGAUCCAAAUUCAAGUUACAAGAUACCUAGUAGACCGCCAGCCCACCGGAUCGAGAGCUGGAGACAUUCUUUUCAACGAGAAACACUUAAUCUCCCGAUCAUCGAAAUGGUUCGAAGGCUUGAUAAUAACAGGUUUCAUCUUUCUCGGGAUCCGCUGUCGAGCAACCCGCAAGAAAUCCCGAGUACCCAUUUGCUAAACAGGAUUUUCACAUCCCGUGGGAUGCGAAGGGGACGCGAUUCAGUACCUGCUACCUCACCAGAGGUUACAGUGGACUUGCCAAAUGAUUAUAUCCCUAACCUUACAUCUGGAGAAAGUUUUGUCGACUCGUAUUUUCGGGACCACCCUGAAGAAAUAAAUCAAGAUGAGUUUCCGUUGAUCGAUAGACAUUCAAUGUCGAGUGUGGCUGGCAUUAUACAGUCCGAAGUCACGACGACUAGCAUGAGUUCGAGAAGAAGACGUGAACCAGCAACGUCUACGGUUUUGGAUGUCGAUAGAGGAAAUUCUCGGCCCAGACGGAGGAGAUUGCUUUGAACUUUGAAGAUUUGAAUCAAGCGCGUUUAAAAACUAUUUUACAUAUUAGAUAUAUAUAUAUAUUGUUUUCUUUUCUGCAAUUAGAUGGUUGAAUGAUUUGGAUAAGUUUUAUGCAAUUAGAUGCCCAUAUUAUUGUGCUUUGAGCUA